UGAAAAAUAUUUUGACAGACAUUCUUUAAUUUAUAUGAAAUCCGUGAAUUUAAUUUUCAAGAAAAGUUUAAUGCAUACGAAUUUAUUUAACACAAUAAAACUGCAAAAGUUUUACUAAAUUAGUCGCACUAACUCCUCAAUCAAAUUCCCAGCCCCAACAAUGAAGUCAGCAAAACCAUCCAAAGCCAAUAACUAAAAAUUUACUUGAAAUGAUUUUGCUUGGUAAUUAUUGUAAUCAAUUAUUAUUGAACCUAUUGAACGAAGAUCCCACUAAACGGACCUGCAAACGGUAAAAUCUAAAAUCUAGGAAGAAAAACAGUUUUAAAUUGGAAAAGGCGCCUAAAGGUUCACUUCCUGCCAAAUAAUAAUGAUAUAAUGGAUGGUGGGCCUCUGAACGUGCUAGAAUUAGAAUAAAAAUACAAAAUCUAAAUAAAAGGAAAAAACUUGUUAAAAUUUAUUCCAAGUGCUAAUAGUCUCUGUUCUCCUAGUAGUGUGUUAAAUUUAUAUCAAGUUUUUUUUUUGUUUGAUAUUGAAUGUUGAAGCAGUUCUCACGCUGCAUUGCGAAUUGGAAGCCUGAUAACAAAUAAAUACUAAGCAACAAAAUGAAAUACUCCAACGAAAUGUCCACAUCACUUUAUUGUGAACAAGUUAGCACAGUAAAUUCAUUAUUUGACAAAUGGAGCGAUUGCGAGCGAACGGUUGUCAUUUAUGCGCUAAUAAAACGAUUGCGCUACCCGAGUUUAAGAUUUCUACAGAACGCAUUAGAAAAUACAUUAACUCUAAAUGCUGGCUUAUACAACGGUGUACCAACAUUCGAUAUAAACGCCAACAGUCCAUUAUAUCUGGAAACACUUAUAAAUGCAUAUAAAUCCCUUCCAUCAAACGAUAAUACGGAUAAUACAGACAAAGAAGCCAUUUACUUUGGCUCUGAUUUUAUGUUUAAACCCGAUGGAAAAUUGUAUAACAAAAAAGAGGAUGUACUCAAUGAGAUUUUAGAAAUAGUACCACUUUUGAAACCAGGAAACGAAGAAGCCAAAGCGAUUUAUUUGUCACUUAUUCCAUUGGCUGUGGAAGACACUGGCCGAGAUGUCGUUUCUCCGGAGUUGGUUCAGCAAAUUUUUUCCUUUCUUCUUAUUCAUCCAGCAAUUUCAAGUGACGACAGAAGAUCCCUUAAUCAGUGGUUACGGAAUUUAGAAGAAAAUAUUCAAUCGUCAUGUGUGUCGGUUGGUCAUCAUAGCACCUACGGUCUUUCUAAUAACACCGACGGCAGCUCGACAAACUCAACUACGUCCGUAUCGUCAUCAGUGGGUAGUGUAACUUCUAAAAAUGCCUGGCAAGCAAUCGCUCCUCCACAACAAUCAAAUAAAACUCAGCUACAAUCACAACAACCAGUCUCCGACACACCCGACUGGAAUGUCAAUUUGCCGACCAUUUCCAAUAAUCUCUGUGAUAAUUUUAGCGGUAUUAAAAUAAACGAAUUAGGUUCUAGUCAAAAUAGUUUAGGGCUGAGUAUAGGAGGAACAGUGGGUGGAGUGGACAUUAACAGUACAGUAAACACCAACACCGAAGACCAUCAUACGUCAUUUUCCAGAAAUGGCACAGAAAUAAUAGAUUUCGAAUCAAAUACUUGCGAUAGCUGCAGCUGUGCUCAGGUUGGGUUUCCUUCAUCGCUUAACACCUGUGAUAAUUUCAACGAAAAUCGUUGGAGCCUGGAUGGUAAAAUCUCUUGCAUGAAAACAAGGCGCUCAAAUAGCUUAACAACUGCAAUAUCUUCGUUUGCGUCUGCAAAUCCCUUGGUGACUGCAGUUAGUGAUAAUUGCUCGAAUUCGUCGGAAAACUUAGCCCAUUACGCUCUAAAGCCACGCAGUUUCUCACUUUCUAUCGAAAAUCCACGAUCCUCAUUGAUAUCUAGUGAUUCUGAUUCAAGACUGGAUGAGAUAAAACCAAAUUACCUUAAAUUCUCAACACCCAAUAGUGGAAUGUCGAAUAUUGGACAAUGGCUAAAAAGCCUGAGACUACACAAAUACAUUGAACUAUUUAAGAAUAUUACAUAUGAAUCUAUGCUUGAAAUCACCGAGGAAUAUUUACAAGAUUUGGGAGUUACCAAGGGCGCAAGUCAUAAACUAGCACUUUGCAUAGAGAAGUUGAAGGACCGAGAAAACAAUUUGACACGAAUCGAACAAGAUUUAAUAACUGGUCAAUUAAAACUUAAUUUUGCAAUCGAAGAGCUAGCAGGCAUUGUUUUGACACCAAUGAAACCUGUAGAUGCAGUUUUAGAAAAUGUAGCUUUCAAAUUCUUAAAAGUCAUUGAUUUAAUUUCAAGUGCAAUUCUUCAAAAAGAAACUUGUGGCGGCGGCCAGCCAGAUGAGGAAAAUGUUUCGGUAUUGCUAUGGAUAUUAGAACGAACAAUUCAUGGAGAAGCUUUUGCAGCGCACGUUAAUCAACUGAAAGAGCUGAAAUUCAAAAUUGCCAAAUUAAAAAUAUCCUUUGCUCCCAAAGCACACCACCUUAAGAGUUCAAGUAGUAGCAAUCUCAGCAAGCCAAGAUGGAACUGCAAAGGACGUAAAACAGACCAAAAGAAUGGCAGCAGUGAUAAAAUAAACCGCAAGAACUCAACCGACGUGAGCUUUCCACAGCAACUGCACGGGGGCACACAGCGAACACCUGUAAAUACGAACGCAAAUCAUGCAACUAGUAGCAAUAACCAGUAUAAAAGUUCUUCUUAUCCAAAUUUUAUCAGUGGGGCUUCGAUUCCGGUGCAACCAUUUCAUCAUUCGAAAACACAAGUAACCACCAACCAACAAUCGAUGUUCGUAAACCAACCAAACUUUGUCCCCACUUCUUCACAUCAACAGCAGCAACAUAGACGGUCUCUUAGCAACUUAGUCGUAGUAUCUUCAGCCCAAGGAAGUUUGUCACCAUCAGCUACGAUCACUUGUGGAGUUAGUUCUCCAAUGUCGCCAAAACCGAAUACACAGAGUUGCAAUGAUGGCAAGAACAGGAAAACUAUGGUCAAUAGAAAUCAACAGCAGCAACAACAACAGCAACCACAACAACAACAACUUAGUGAAUUGCAAUCGAACCCAACAUCAUCAGGUAAUGUUGCUCCAAAACCAAUGGAAAAAACAAUGGCUGCAGUUGUUUUGGAAAAUUUGGCGAAGUUAGACCAACUUGUAAAGAAAUAGGCCUAUGAUGUGAAGAAAACAAAUUUACUAUUCAAAUCUACAUAAAUGUUUUAUUUUAUU